GUCAUUAACAGUGACCUUUCUUAUUAAUAUAACGGAUUGAAAAGAUCACAGUCUUGAUUUAUUUUAGUGGACUUUGACUAUAAAGGGUUUUUUAAGGACCACUCAGCCUCAUUUUUUCUAACCCUGUUUUUUUUCAUACAUGCUAAGUUCUUCAGUCACAACUGGAGAUUUUCUGAGUUAACUUUGUUUGGUAGUGGCAUGAGACUGCUCUUGAAAUGCUGACAUGGUCUCACAUUUUAUAAAACACUCUUACAUUAAUCUUCUGUUAAUCUUCACUUUGGACCUAUGAAAGAGGUAUUAGCUCUUUCUUUACCAAAAAGAAAAAAGCCCCCAAAGCUCAGAGAGGUUAAGUAAUUUGCCUGAGUCUACACAGCCAUCAUAAAUGAUAGGACUAGGGCUUUGCUAGAAAGUUAUCAGGCCUUUUAAGAACAACAGUCCCAAGGAGUAAGGCAGGCAGGUGAACAGGCAGUCAGACACAGAAGCUGUGAGCUGGCAGCUUGCCCACCAGCUUGGGGAUCAGGUGUGUUUUGUCUGCCCAGGUUAAAACAAUUCCUAAUUGGUUUUCAGCCUUCCCCCACCCGCUUUGCUAGAGCUACUAUUUACAUAGAAUACAACUUACCAAUUUAAGUGUGCAGUCUGUUGAAUUUUUUAAUGUUUGUGUAAUCACUACUACAGUCAAGAUAAAGAGUAGUUUUCCUUGGCUUAAAAUUUACUUAGGGUCUUACCAGCAGUGUGAUCAUGUAAAAAUUUAAAAAUUUCACAUUAAGAAGCUGGAUUAAAAAAUUGGAAACGCUGACAGCCAUGGACUCUGCAUCCCCAAAGGGCAACAGUCAGUCAUUAGCUUGCCGUUUUUGAGUUUGUUUUAGCCACUGAUGUUAAAUGCUGCCUCAGAAGUGUGGACAGAGUGCCUUGGGGGAAAUGGGACCUUGGGAUUAACCUUGGUAAAGGCUGCACAGGCCAGCUGGCUUUGAAAGAUGGGUGAGUUUACAGGGAGAGCAGGCAGCAGCAGGAGUGUUUUAAACGGGGGAGGAUUAGAAGGGAGAGUCUGUGGGUGGACACGAAGUCAGCCAUGUGUGGGCCUCAUUUACUUGGGUUUGUUUUUAUUUUUUUGAUGGGAUGGGCCUCAGUGGAAGAGUUUUGUGUAUUUGUGUUUGUGGGCUGUGGUUUCUGAAGGUUUUAUAUAUCGAAGAAGCUUUAAUCUAUACACCUCAGGGGAUUUUAUGGUUUUUGGUAUGUGUGAAAAUGGGGAGGGAAAAUUAGUGUUUUUAUUUUUGCAGGGGUUGGUUUGCACAGGGUGUUUGGGUUAUAUGUUUUUAGAGAGCUGCCCCGUGAAAAAUGAGUUCCUCUUUCCCCGCCCCCUCCACCCUCUCCUUCCGGCCAGCCUGGCUGGGACCUGGCCGGGCAGUGAGGCAGGCAGCAGGUGGUUAGAGGAGAGGGGGCUCAGGCCCUUCGAGCCCACCCGUCCGCCAGCGUCUUUCCCUCAGGCUGCAGUUCCCAUAGCCUGUGCUGGCUUAGUCACCAGCGACGCCAUGGACAGACUGGGCUCACGGUGCCCUCUGCCAGGCUACGCACGGCCCUCUUUCCUGAUAUGCCUCUUGAUCCUGACAGCCUCUCUCCUGACAUACCCCGUGCUCAGGACCCUCAGCCUGCAGCUCCUUUCGCUUGUCACCGGCAGCUAUGUGUCCAGCACGUACUCCAUUGUUUUUGUCAACUGUCCCAACGAGCAGAUUGCCAGAGAUAUUGCCAGGGCUAUCCUGGAUAAGAAGCUGGCUGCCUCUGUGAACAUCCUGCCAAAGGCCUCCUCACUAUACUAUUGGAAUGGAGAAAUAGAAGAAGCCACUGAGGUCCUGUUGUUAAUAAAGACAAAGACUUCCAAGAUCCAUAUGCUUUCCAGCUACAUCAGGUCGGUGCAUCCUUUUGAAAUCCCAGAGCUCUUCAGCCUUGCCAUGGACCAAGGAGAUGCGCACUAUUUCCGGUGGCUGGAGGAGGCCACGGAGCAGUGAGUGGGGCCUUCUGUGCCUCCUGCUGGCCGCCUCUAGCCAUCAUCAUGUUCUCUGGCCGAAGGGCGGCUUCUGUCUGCCUCCUCGCGUCUCUGGAUUCCAUGCUUUUAUCAGCACAGAGGACCCAAGUAACUUGUGAAGGGUGAAGGUCUAAGACCCCUGAGGCUGGAAGAAGAUUCUGGGCCAGUCAGGCCAAGCAAGGACCCAGUGGAACUCGUCUCUGAGUGCCUCAUGCAUAAAGGUGGCCAGGAGUGGCAAGGUCGCAGUGAGGGUGAGGCUGGUCUUCUGUAAGUUCAUUGAGCCUAAACUGAGUGCCACGUAUGUUAUCACUGUCCUGCUUCUGAUGAGGAAUAACCUGAUGACCUGUCACCCAGAAGUGUGUGGGGGUGAAAGUCACCUUCUAGGUGAGCUGGAAGUACUCUAUCCAAAAGGAUGAAUCGCUAAUGGUGGAAUGUCAGGGACAAGCAGGAUUAUUUCCUCUAGCUGAAGGUAGUGUUUGUUAUUCCCGAGUCCUGAGGAAGUGGGCCUGGGAAUGGGCUUCCUGAGUGUGGGGAGGGCUGGGGAGGGCUCAGACACAGCCUCAAGGAUUGAGAGCUGGUCUUGACUCUUUCCUCGCCCAAAGGUCAGAAAGCUGUGGUGCCUUGCUUAGCAGAGACAGGUUCUGAGCCCACCAUACUGACCUUCCCACGUGAGCACUGAAACGAGCGUCCUAAAGUGGGAAGCACCCAGGGGAGCUGCCGGGUCAGUGUUUUCCAGCCUGGCUCCACAGAACCCCAGGGGUUCGCUGGGGGAGCCUCAUGCUGCAGCCAGCGCAGCCAUGCUUUUGUUAUUAAUUUUUAUGUAUUGAGCUGAGUUUUUGUUGUUACAAGUUUGUAAGCCAGUCUUACAGAUUUUGUAAGGUCCAAGACCCCUGAGGCUGGAAGAGAAUGCUGGGCCAGUCAGGCCAAGCAAGGACCUGGUGGAAUCUAUAAAGCCAGUUUUAUAGAUGACUGAAGGGAAUUGAACUGCCCUGAGGUCCAGAAAAGGGGCUGCUUCUGUUACGAGGGGAGAGCCAAGGCUGCUCCUUCCGUCUGCUGCUCUCCUAGCCCUGCUCCGUGGGGUUGAUGGAGGAGCCCCAGGGGGUGAGGGGAGAGCCUGACCUAGGCUGCCUCACGGCUUUGCCACAGGGUGACCCCGCUCAGGGCCCUUUGGAGCCUUGCCCCAGCUCGCUUUUCCACCGCCACCUUCCACCUGUCCUCUCCUGCCUGGACCCGUGGGUGGCUCUGGUGUGCCAGGCUGUUACCUUUUCCGGCCACCGCCUCCGCCUGAGCACGCUCUGCACGAGUGCCCGAGAAGUCUGACUGCCCCGCUGCAGGCCUGGCGUCCAGGCGGAGGGCUCUCCCCUGCCCUGCCGUCCUGCUGUCUCUGCGCAUCAGGGCCCACCUCCGCUCUCUAGACUGUGCGCUGCUCGAGGGGAGGGGCACGCUCAGAGCUGCUUGGCCUCCUGCACACGGUUUGGCAUAUAUUUCCCAAAUUGAUGUUUCAAGGAUUCAAAUAACUAAAGCUUUCUCUACUUCCCACAGUUAGUUUCUCAUUUACCAGGUUGGCAAAAUCCAAUUAUUUUUUUCCGUGAACUUCUUUAAAGUGGGAUUAAGAGGUUGUUUCCUGUCCCUGGCUGUCCCUGGUUCAUUUUCUGUGCUGAGUGUGCUUUGAAAGCUGUUCCCCGGUGGCCUGCCUUUGCCUCAGUGUCACAGCCGACUAUGGGAAACAUCAGCUCUCUGCAGGUCCUGUCCUAGGCCUUGACACUUACCCUUGUAGCCCAGGGUACCCGCAUCUUCCAGCUGAAACCUGAGACUGGAGAAUAGAGAUGCUUAAAAUAAGCGGCAAAACUAGGCUUUGGAACCAAGUCUCUGACUCUAAAUCUGAUGCUCUUAUGGUCUCUUUUAAAGAGGCUGGAUAUCUCUCUUUGUAGGCCAAAGAACCUGCUAUAGCCAUCUCUAAGGAAGAGCUGUUCACUCCUAAAAUGUCCACCUUAACAGGGUGGUAGCUUGGUAUAUUGUGUGGUUUACCUCUCCCCACAGAUCUGGAGGUUAGUGAUAAUAUCUUCAUUCCAUAGAUGAGGGAACAGAUUGAGGGGUACUUAAUGAUUUUUAGGAGUUUGCCCAACUCUACCACACUGCCCUCCUCGAUGAGGCUGUGGGAGCUGGGGCUCGACAUGAGGGUUUCCACCUGGGAAUGCCUUCCCAGUACUUCUCAGGAAACAUGGUUUUUGACUCCAGAACCCUGGGAGAGUCUGUUGAGGAAAUGAGAAGAAGUGUUAAAAAAGUAUCCAUGCAUACUGAAGCUUAAAGGCAUAAAGGUUUGAAGGAAGCCAUCUCCGUCAAAAAAAAAAAAACUAGAGCAGGAAACGGUUGCUUGCACAGAGUUGAGCCACAGUCACCCAACCCGGACAGGAGUGCAGAAGAGAAGGGGUUUCCACCUACUUUUGCCUGGGAUUGUCUAGCCCUGUCCGCUGCAGACCCCGAGUUAUUCCUGCAAAUAAGAUAAAUGUAUACAUGUAGUAUGCUUUAUACAAAUCCUGUGAGUGGUAUUCUAAGAAAUAAGUUUUGGAAGUAAAAUAAAUUCUUAAUUUGGCAAUUCUGA